AGAAUUAAUUAUUCGAUAACUUAGUUCGGACCAAGCGAACCCUUACAAUAUACUCUGUUAUUUCUUCUCCCUCUCAGACUCUCAGUCCAAAUAACUAAACCCUCCAUUGCCACCACCAUUCCGCCGUAUCUUCCCCCACCAAUUUCAAAUGACUGCUGCCAAUGGCUUGAGUGACUUGUCUUCAGAGAUGGAGGUGGCUGCAUUUAGACGUCUUUUCCCUUUGCGCUAUCAUGAGCAACAUCUUCUUAAAUCUGUCCGACCUGAUGCCCGAAAGCUUGGAAGUGCUAGAGAUACAACAGUAGCACUUGGUGCUGUUGCCUCUGCUGAUGGAUCAGCACUGGCCAAGAUUGGCGCCACUACAAUGCUGGCUGCCAUCAAAAUGGAAGUAAUGACACCAACAAUGGAAUCUCCAGAUGAGGGAUCUCUAGCUAUCGAAUUCCACAUGCCUCCCAUUUGUUCUCCCCUGGUUCGACCUGGUAGGCCUGCGGAUGUAGCAUCAGUAAUUUCAAAGCAGCUGUCAGACACUAUCUUGAGUUCUGGCAUGAUUGACUUAAAAGAAUUGUGCUUGGUUGGAGGAAAAGCUGCAUGGAUGGCCUACCUGGACAUAUACUGUUUGGAUGCGGAUGGUGCCCUGUUUGACGCUGCAUUACUGUCUGCAGUUGCUGCCUUUUCGCAUUUGAACAUUCCAGUAGUGUCUUUGAAUGAUGAUGGGCGAAUAGUUCUCGUUUCUGAGGACACUGUCCAAUUGAAAUUAGAGAAGGAGCCCGUGAAUACAGAGAAAAGAAAGCUCAAAUUGAACUCUCCGCCAUUCUCGUUAACAUGCAUACUUCACAAGAACUACAUCCUCGCAGAUCCUACAGCAGAGGAAGAAUCAAUAAUGGAAACGGUUGUAACUGUGGUAUUGGACUCGUCUUACCAGCUUGUUUCGCUUUAUAAACCAGGUGGACCAGUUCUUGGCCAUACAUCAAUUAUCCAGGAUUGCGUCGCGCUAGCAAGACAGAGAGUGAAAGAGCUUCAGAAUGUCUUGAACGAAGCAAUUUCUGAUAUGGAGAUAGACUAAAGGAGACAGCUAGUUUUGUUUAAGCCAUGGCUGCAAGUUCAAUUUUGGUUAGCCAUUUCUCAGAGGGAAAUGCAUAUUGUUUCUAUUACAUAGUAGUAACAUUUUUUCUAUCAAAUAAUAAAACAUGUUGUUUGUUAAUUAUUAGUUUUCUUAGUUGUUUCAUUUCUAUCAUUUGCCUCAAAGGAAUUGAAAAUCUUAUGAGAAAGCGUUAGACGACAAUCUAAUAUUUUCACGAGUUGUAUUUAUUUAAAUCGUAUAAUACUAUGCAAAAUUAUAGUAAUUGAUAGAAAGAGA